AUGGAAACAGAAAUGAAUGUCCUCCGCAAUGAAGAUGGUGAAAAUGGAGGACAAUCUUAUCAAGAUAUCAGAGUCAUGGAAGACGAGAGAGAAUGGUUGGCGUUAAUGGAAGUAAAAGUCAAUCAAAGUCCUCGGUUAUUAAGCAAAUUAGCUGGUAAGAAAUCUUGUUGCAUCUUCAGAGUCCCUCAGAGCUUGGUUGAAAUCAACAAGAAGGCUUAUCAACCCCGUAUAGUCUCCAUGGGCCCUUAUCACCACGGCAAAGAACACCUGAAGAUGAUCCAAGAACACAAAUGGAAAUAUCUUGGCGCUAUGCUCAACCGAACAAGAAACCAUGGAGUUGAAUUCAAGGACUUGUAUGCGGUCAUAAAAUCAAUGGAGCAACAGAUAAGAGAGUGUUAUUCGGAGACUAUUCAAAUCAAGAGCUGUGAACUCAUUGAAAUGAUGGUUCUUGACGGAUGUUUUGUUAUUGAGCUUUUCUCCAUAGUCGGAAAGUUAGUACAAGGUAAUCUUGACGACCCAAUUUUUACUAUGUCAUGGGUUUUUCCUUUUUUCACUCGGGAUUUUCUCAGGCUUGAGAACCAAAUUCCGUAUUUUGUUCUUGAGGCUUUGUUCGAGCUUACUGUAUUGGGUUCAAGAAGAAACAAUCCUCCGACUUUGGCCAAACUCGCCCUGGAAUUUUUCAAUUAUAUGGUGCAAAGAGAUGUUGAAGUCCUGGAGCAAUACUACAAUCUUACAGCAAAACAUUUGUUAGAUUUAUUUCGUUUGAGCUUUAUAAAUUCGUCCCAAGAAACAACAAGAGAGAUUAGUCCAUUCCUUCAUUUGAUCCCGUCCGCCAAAAAGCUGCAUCUAGCUGGCAUUGAGUUCAAGCCAAGGAAGACCAGCAGCUUCUUGGACAUUGACUUCAGAAAUGGAGUCCUUGAAAUCCCACCAUUAACAAUAGAUGAUUUUACCAGCUCUGUUUUCCUCAAUUGCGUUGCUUAUGAACAGUGUUACCGUUACUGCACAAAGCACAUCACAACUUAUGCAACCUUGAUGGGUUGUCUCAUUAACACGCCGGGCGACGCAGGGUUCUUAAGCGAUCAGAAGAUCAUCGAAAACUACUUCGGGACCGAUGAGGAAGUGGCUCGAUUCUUCAACAAUGUUGGGAAGGAUGUGGCAUUUGACAUACAGAGAAACUAUUUGUCAGAAUUGUUUGAAGGUGUGAAUGAGCAUUACAGGAACAAUUGGUAUGUUAGAUGGGCAAGUUUUAAGCAUACUUAUUUUGACACUCCGUGGUCAUUCAUGUCAGCCGUGGCGGCUCUCAUACUCCUUUUACUCACCAUGGUUCAGGCCUUUUUCGCUGUCUACGCCUAUGUCCUUCCUGCUAAGUGA